AUGUACAAAUUAUUCGCGUUAGGUGUUUUACUUUCAGUGUUUUAUAACGUACAUACUAAAGAUGCGACUGCUGUAGUGCCAUACCAGGCCUCGGUACGAACAGACGAUGGCCAUAUUUGCUCUGGAUCUAUUAUAAGCGAGAAGUGGGUUAUAACAGUAGCCCACACUUUGGUUGACUUAGAAAAGGACGCAAAACUAUUCGUCGUUGUGGGAACUAAACUGGUUAACGGUACAGGGCAGAGUUAUCCAGUGACGGACACAUUUGUGUAUCCGAAAUAUAAUGCGACAAUAAUAUUGAAAUUUGACAUUGCCCUUUUGAAGGUGGAAGAAAUUAAAUUCGAUUCUAACGUGAAAGCAAUAGCGUUACCGAAAGCUGAUACGAAGAACAAUGUGCUCCUAACGACAUAUGGGUGGAAAACCGAACGGGACUCAUUUCAAACACCAUAUUUGCAAGAAAAAUACCAAAUAUCUAUUCCCAACAAGGACUGUAAGAGAUAUUAUGGUUUCAUCAAUGAUUUCAACCUUUGCUCGAAUGACCAAGCGAACUCUACAACAGAUGCUGACUUCUACCGAGACGCCGGCGGCCCAGUGGUAGAGAAGGGCAAACUAGCAGGGGUGGUCAGCCAGUUCUUCACGUACCUUCCCGGUUUACACGCCAGGAUAUACCGCUACGUUAGCUGGAUUAACAAGACUAAGUCCAAGAAUUGA